AUGGCCUCUGCCCCCAACGGAGUCCAGUCGGGCGCCCGCCCGCCUGCUUCUCCCACCUCGUCCAGCCCCGCCCCGGGUCAGAUUCUCACCGGGAAGCAAGAACAUUAUCUCAAGCGCGAACUCAUCGCCCGCCAGGUCCAGAGCGAAAUCGCCGAGCUGAACUCGCCAACCGCCCUCCAACGCUUCGGUGCCCCCUUCAAAUCCGAAUUCGGCGAAGUUGCGCCCGUCGAUUCGGAACUCCCUAUUCUGCGAUACAUCUUCGUCCACCAUGUGCGCAACUUUCCGUUCCUCGAUCAGGCCCGCGAGAAGGAGUUCUGGCAAGAUAAAUUACAGGUGGUGCGUGUGUCCCUUGGGAAACCCCAAUCGUUUGCGAAGAAACAUGUCUCGUCCUCGGAAGAUCGCCUGGAAGAGACAAAGCGCAGGAAGUUGGCGCGAAAAUGUGAGAAACUGGUCGAACUCAUGAUGGUCUCAGGAAUCCCGACAGCCUCGGGCUAUGAAGAGCGAAUCCAAUUCUCGGAGAUGGAAGUCGUCGAUCGCGGGGCCAACGAAAAGGGACUGUUGGUCAACAUGCCCGAGGGCAAUGCAAUCCAUGGAUGGGAUAUUAAUGUGGCUGCUGUGCGAGUCACAUCGGUCCGGCGGACUGUACGAUACCAUCAACAUGCGGAAUUUAUCCUUCGGGUGCGACGAGAAGGCAGACCUGAUCAGUUCGUGGCUCGUCGUUAUGGCGACUUUGCCAAACUCCACAAGCGACUACGCACUGAAUUCCCCGGGAAGCCGCUGCCCCCUCUCCCUCGCAAGAAUAAAUCCUCCAUGACAACUAGCUGGUUCGGAUCGGCAGAUGACGAAGCAUCCUCGGUCUCUUCGGUGUCAACAGUCGGUGUCAGCGCUGUGGACGAGAGCUAUUCGUCACGCAACCUGGCUCCUGGAACCCAUCAUCACCGUUCGCUGUCCCGGUCUUCUAAGCGUUCUCUGAGAUCACCCAGGGCAUCUAGUGAGGGGUCGAGAGAGACAGUGCUUUACCGGGAAGACCAGAGAGUUUCUCUUCGGGCGUUUCUUCGCACCUUGCUGCAAAACAAGCGGGUGGCUGAAACAAAAGCCUUGGAAGAGUUCUUGACGGCCGACCCCGUCACUUUGAACGAGGAGGAGAAGCUUGAUAUGCAGAAGCGCAAGGACGUCGACGCGGUGAGGAUAGAAGAGCAAAAGCGAUUCUACGAAAUCGCACGGGCGCGCGCAGCUGAAUUGGACGCCUACAUGGAGAACUUCCGCCGAGACAUUGUGGAGAGCAAUGGCCUGACCAAGUUGUUUGCCGAAAUCAAAGAGAAGCCAACGGUGCAGGAUCUCAGUCCCAAGUACCAAAAGUUCGCUGAGUGGCUCCGGAUUGAGGUUGCUGCGACGCUCUACCAUCUGUUCCUGGCCGAGGACAACUCCCCCGAACUAUUUGCACAAGCCAAGAGAAUCCAUUCGCUCGUCCCGUACACUUUGUUGAAGAAUGUCAUCCGAAUUGCCAACCCGGCAGCUGUAAUGGCAGGAGUGCUGGACCUCUUCCUGGCCCAGCCCUUCGGCUCGCGCUCACUCCUACAGCGGAUCUUCUCGAUGACUCUCAACGAUGGCAUUAAGGCCUUCCAGAAAUCAAUCGAUGCGCUAGCCAGCAAGGUCGAUGAUCCCAUCCUCUGCCAAAAGCUCAAAGCCUUCACUGAUUCAAGUGAAGAUCUCAAGAACGAGAUUCGCGCAGAAGCUGCUGCCGAGGAUGUCGAUAUUAUUGUGGCUAUUCUCCGUACCGAGCUUCUGCAGCCUGAGCUGGCUCCUGAGCAAUUUGGCAAGGUGUUCAAUGCCUAUGUGGCUUGGAAUCAAGCCGUGGACAAUGUCGAGGUGGAGCUGCGAGAGGGUGCGCAUUGGUUCGCGAAUCUGAAGCAGCUGCUGAAGCUUUACACUCGCCAGCGUGACAAGUCCAUGAUGCUCAGCAUCGUGGAAGAGCCGGUCACCCUCCAGCUUUUCCGCGAUCUCUUCACCAUCUUCUACGAGCCGCUGGUCCGCGUCUACAAGUCGGCCAACGUCUACAGCAGCAUCACCGACUUCGCUCAUUUUGCCGACGACGCGAUUGCAGUGAUCGAGAAGUGCCAGCGGCAGGAUGUUUCGGCGGAUCCUAACCAGACGGUGCAGGCGUUCAUCGAUCUCUGCGAACGUCACCAGAGCAGCUUUUACAAGUUUGUGCACGAGGUUCACCUGCACGACAAUGGCCUGUUUACGUCGCUCAUGGCGUGGAUCGGGGAUAUCUUGGAGUUUCUGCGCAAGGGACCACGCGGGGGCGAGCUGGACAUGAACGCCCUGCUCCGGGGAGCCAAGGAUUUUGGGCAAAUUGACAACAACAAGGCACUGGAGGAGAUCAACGCCUUGAUCAAAUGGCACGAAGACCGGAAGCGGUGGCAUAUGAAUAAGACACGACAGAAGAUGGCGGCUGAGGGAACGGGCCAUGAAGGAUAUCUGGGUAACGCGCCAUUCCGGGGCAGCGACUUUGGCCUGGACGAGGCCGACCUUGAAGAUCUUGCCAUCUCCGACGCCGAGUCGGAGGGCUCGGAGGAGCUGGAUGAGGAAGAGGAUCUCGACCCGAUCACAGCGGAGCGCAGACGGCGGGUCAAGCAGCAGGACCAGCUCCGUCGCACGGCUGGCGAGCCGGUCAAGCCGGACGUAUCCGAGAUUCUCAAGUUGUCCGAGUCGUUUGGUGUUAUGUUGCGACAACCUGUCAUACCGAAAUUAUAUUCACCCCCGAUUACUCAUGCUGUCUCCCACCAAAUCCUUCAACGGCGGGGGGUCGCCUCGCUCGCCCCGCCUAGCCGUUCCUCUCUAUGGGCUCUUCCUCGACGGGUCUACACUUGCCAAAAGCCCCAAGCGCAACGGUGUCGGUUCUUCCUCUGGGCCAGCGACGCCGAGAUCCGCGAGAAACACGCCGUUUUGUCGAACUCUCACAGCGAACCAGUUUCCUUCACCCCCGAAACACCCUCCAAGAAACCCCGACUCUCCGCAACAGGUCUCCUGACUCCCCAGACUGAUCGCACGGUGAGAUACGGUGCCUCCAUGGCCGCCACCCCCGGUGGUAGGGUAGGAUUCAACAUGCCCCCGCAAAGCGCCAAAGCACGUAUGAUGUCGGAGGACAUGGAGGAGUUUGAAUGGGAUGAUGAUGAUGCGGCGGUGGGGAAGAUCUUCGGCCCAGGUGGGCAACAGGAACAGCAGUCGGCCCCGCUGCGACAGCCGGAUUUCGGACCACCGAAGACGCCAUCGGGUACGCAGUCUGCGCCGGGGAAGAGAAAGUUCUCUGAUAUAGAUGAUGGGGAUAGUGAGAAGACGGUGAGCUUUACGCCGACUUCGUUGGCAAGGUCGCAUACGGUGUCAUUUUCAUCUACUGUACCUGGGUCACCUUCGUCGAUGGUAUUCCCAGUGACGCCUACGCCGGUGAAGUUCCGGGGGGUUGGGCCUAGUGCUGGUGGAGGGGACUCGCCGGGCGAGGUCAAGGAGAGCUUGGUGGAAACGGCUGUCAAGAUUCUCGAGCAACAUCAGGUGGGGAUAUCGAAAGAGGCUAAAGAUGAGUUGGUGAAUGUCAUGAGAAGUUAUGAGUUGCAGAUGAAGGGGAUUAUUCGCGGAAGAGACAUUUCACGGAUUGUGCUGAAGAAGAAAGAUGAGCAGAUUAAGGAACUAAAUGAGCGGAUUGCGAGGCUCGAGAGGGGACACGACCUCCCCGCCAUGUUCCGUCCUCCAGUGAACCGGGCCAUGCGAGUCCUGGACCGGUCCUUCUUCAGGAGGACGGUUCCGGUCUCUGCGGCAGCGAUUUUCAAGAUCUCUGAUAUCUCCAACGUGCGGAAGGAAUUGACCAAGAGCCGGGAUUUGCUGCAGCUGCCGAGAUUGGGCUCCAUUCGGGAAAUCAAGGUGGAUGAUCUGGUGCACAAGUGUCUUUUACUGAAGGAGGAGGUUAAGCAUAACGAUCCCGCGACGUGGUCGCCGACGAUUAGCGAGCUCGUUCAGAAGGGAGUGGUUGGUGUCAAGCCUUAUGAUUUGACGUUGGAGUAUGAUUAUUGGACUUAUGCGGAUAUCAUGUCCUGCAUUCUGCCGGAGGACAUGCUGGAUGAGAUCCCUCAGGGAUUCACGCAAGUUGGUCACGUUUCGCAUCUCAACCUCCGCGAGCAAUAUUUGCCUUACAAGCAUCUGAUCGCACAGGUCCUGAUGGACAAAAACCCCAACGUCAGCACCGUCAUUCGCAAGACUGAGGACGUGGGCUCCCACAGUCAAUUUCGCACGUUCCCCUUCGAGCUUCUUGCUGGUAAGAACGACCUGAACGUCAUCCAGCACGAGCAAAACUGCGAGUUCCGCUUCGACUACUCGCGCGUGUACUGGAACAGCCGUCUCGAGACGGAGCACCGCCGUCUUGUGGACAAGUUCCGCCCCGGUGAGAUGGUCUGCGACGUUAUGGCGGGCGUUGGGCCUUUUGCCGUGCCUGCUGGCAGGAAGAAGAUCUUCGUGUGGGCCAACGAUCUCAACCCGCACGGGUACGAGGUGAUGCUGGACGCUAUCAAGCGCAACAAGGCCGACAAAUUCGUCACCCCCUUCAACAAGGACGGCCGCGAGUUCAUCCGCUGGUCUGCGCACGAACUCCUGGAAUCUCCGCACACUGUGACUGUCGAGCCUAAGGUCCGGAGGAGCAAGAAAGCUGCUGCGGAGGAGGCAGGCCAACCGCUGCCGCAGCCGGAGGUCUUCCACCGUCCCAACGUCUUCCAUCACUAUGUGAUGAACCUGCCUGGCAAUGCCAUUGAGUUCCUCGAUGCCUUUGUCGGCGUCUACGCGGGCAAGGAGUCGCUCUUUGCCCCGCACACAUCGCAACCCCUCCCCAUGGUCCACGUCUACUGCUUCUCGGGUCACUCCGCGGAUGAGCAUGAUGACCACGUGGAUGUCUGUCAGCGCAUCUCGGAGCGGAUCGGAUACACCAUCACCACGGAGGAUCGUGUCGGUGGCAGCGGCAACCAGGAAAUCGAGUUGGCCAUCCACAACGUGAGAUUGGUCAGCCCCAACAAGCAAAUGUUCUGCGCCAGCUUCCGUCUGCCGAAGGAGCAAGCAACAAUGAGCGUUCAACUCCCCCCAGCCACCCACCGCAAGCGCACCCUCCCGCAAGGCGAACUCGAAGCCGCCUCGACGCUCAAGCUCGGCGCCGACCAGAACACGCACACGCUCUCACUCUCGGAAGCGCGUCUCGUUAUCAAUAAGGUGUUGGAAAAUAAGCGCAGAGGGGGGAAGAAAUAUGAGGAGCCGGAGAACCUUACCAAGACGUUGGAUUACUUGGAGGUGUUUGCGCGGUUCAAGGACGAAGAGAAUAUUAAGGCUGUGGAGCGGUUGUUGAAUUCGCAUACGGAAUUGGAGAUGUUUGAGAGGUCGCAGUUGGGAAGUCUAUGUUGCGAUAACGCGGAAGAAGCCAAGUCGCUCAUUCCGAGUCUGCAGCACAAGAUCUCGGACGGGGAUUUGCAGGAGCUUCUGGAUGAGUUGACCAAGUUGCGCAAUUUCACCGAGUAG